GGAUCAUGAUCCAAAGGAAUCUACAUGUCACGUCCUUCUCAAAUCCGCACCGUUUAUAGUUAACCCGUCAACUCAAUCUUUCAAACGCUGAAAUGAUAGUAACAGUGCAUGGAGUGUCUAUGGUGGCGGAUUACCAGAACACAAAGCAAGAACAAAGAAGAGAAAAAAACAAAAAACUUGACACACCAAAACAAACACACACACCAGAGAAUUAAACACACGUACAGCAACAACCACAACAACAACUAGUUCAUGCCACUUCGCUGUAAAGUGAUUGCCUUCAACACAACAACAACAACAACGUAGAGUUGACCCAAAACUUCAACCAUCCUCAAGUCACGGUUCAUUCCACUUUCAUGCCCUCAUCAAUCAAUGUUAUGUAUCUUUUACUCUCUUUCUCUCUCUCUCUAUCGUCACUGUGUUGAGUUGUCUUGUGUGGUCUCUCUCUAUCUCUCUUUUUCUCUCUUAUCCUAGUGUUUUGUAUUGAUUGCUUUUGUGGGUCUAUUUAUUUUUUAUUUUUGUAACCAAAUGGGGUGUUAAUAAUUUCUCAAAUUGGCUUCUGCUGCUUCAUUCACUUGUUCUCACCACCAAGCCUUGUUUUUUUUCUCUUCCUUUCACAACACGGUACUACUCUUAAUUUUCUUUUUUUUUUUUUUUUUUUCUAUUAUGUCAUAUUCUGCUUUGUCUUGAACCUCCUCUCAAUUGUCCCGUGUUAACACUUGCUACUUCUGUGAAACCUUUCCCUUAUUGUCUCUUUUUGUUAGCUUAAUCAUUUCAACUAUUGUGUUCUUCUUGGCCAAAUAAAGCCAACCCCUUGUGCUGUUUUGGUUUGUCUGAGAGAGAAAUGAUGGCAUUGGAGUGUAGUAGUUUCCACUUCCUAAAUGGGGUUUACAUGGUGCUGUUUUUUUGCCUUGGCAUUGUCCUUGUAAAUUCGGUUAAUGAAGAGGGUUUGAGUCUUUUGAGGUUCAAAGCUUCCCUUCUUGACCCAAACAACAAUCUCUAUAACUGGGAUUCUUCUGAUUUGACUCCUUGCAAUUGGACUGGUGUGUAUUGCACAGGUUCAGUGGUAACUUCUGUGAAACUUUACCAACUCAAUCUGUCUGGUACUUUGGCUCCUGCCAUCUGUAAUCUUCCAAAGCUUCUUGAGUUGAAUUUGUCAAAAAAUUUCAUCUCUGGCCCCAUUCCUGAUGGUUUUGUUGACUGUGGUGGUUUGGAGGUUUUGGACCUUUGCACAAAUAGGCUUCAUGGACCCCUUCUGAACCCAAUUUGGAAAAUCACAACACUUAGAAAGCUUUACCUGUGUGAAAAUUACAUGUAUGGUGAAGUGCCAGCGGAGCUUGGGAAUUUGGUAUCUCUAGAGGAACUGGUCAUAUAUAGCAAUAAUUUGACUGGAAGAAUUCCAUCAUCAAUAGGAAAGUUGAAACAGCUUAAAGUUAUAAGGUCAGGUCUAAAUGCUCUCUCAGGGCCAAUACCUGCUGAAAUCAGUGAGUGCCAGAGCUUGGAGAUAUUGGGGUUGGCACAGAAUCAGCUAGAAGGUUCAAUCCCAAGGGAGCUUGAAAAGCUUCAGAACCUUACCAAUAUACUUCUGUGGCAAAACUAUUUCUCUGGGGAGAUUCCUCCAGAGAUUGGAAACAUUAGUAGCUUGGAACUGCUUGCUUUGCACCAAAAUUCACUGAGUGGUGGUGUCCCUAAGGAACUGGGAAAGCUGUCGCAGUUGAAGAGGUUGUACAUGUACACCAACAUGUUGAAUGGAACAAUUCCACCAGAGCUAGGGAACUGCACAAAAGCUAUUGAGAUAGACCUUUCUGAGAACCAUUUGAUUGGGACCAUUCCAAAGGAGUUGGGAAUGAUCUCUAAUCUUAGCUUGCUUCAUCUGUUUGAAAACAAUCUGCAGGGUCAUAUUCCAAGGGAACUCGGUCAGUUGAGGGUGCUAAGAAAUUUAGAUCUGUCACUGAAUAACUUGACAGGUACAAUUCCACUGGAGUUUCAAAACCUUACAUACAUGGAGGAUUUGCAGCUAUUUGACAACCAACUUGAAGGUGUGAUUCCUCCUCAUCUUGGAGCUAUUAGAAACCUAACUAUUCUUGAUAUAUCUGCAAACAAUCUUGUUGGUAUGAUACCUAUCAAUCUUUGUGGAUAUCAGAAGCUGCAAUUCCUGAGCCUUGGUUCAAAUAGGUUGUUUGGAAACAUUCCUUACAGCCUCAAAACAUGCAAAUCUCUUGUGCAGCUUAUGCUGGGGGACAACCUUUUGACAGGAAGCCUACCUGUUGAAUUGUAUGAGCUUCACAAUCUCACUGCACUUGAACUCUAUCAGAACCAAUUUUCGGGGAUAAUAAACCCGGGGAUAGGCCAACUCAGGAAUCUAGAGAGGCUUGGCUUGUCGGCUAACUACUUUGAAGGCUAUCUCCCUCCUGAGAUUGGAAAUUUGACACAACUUGUGACAUUCAAUGUUUCCUCUAACCGUUUCAGUGGAAGUAUAGCUCAUGAGUUGGGAAACUGUGUAAGAUUGCAGAGGCUUGAUCUUAGCAGGAAUCACUUCACUGGAAUGCUUCCAAAUCAAAUUGGCAACUUGGUGAACUUGGAGCUGUUGAAAGUUUCUGAUAACAUGCUCUCAGGAGAAAUACCAGGCACUUUGGGGAAUCUUAUUAGGCUCACAGACCUGGAACUAGGUGGCAACCAGUUUUCAGGAAGCAUCUCCCUUCACUUGGGAAAACUUGGAGCUCUUCAGAUUGCACUUAACCUGAGCCACAACAAACUUUCUGGCUUAAUUCCUGAUAGCCUUGGGAACUUGCAAAUGCUAGAGUCCCUUUAUCUAAAUGACAAUGAACUUGUUGGUGAGAUUCCUUCAUCAAUUGGUAACCUUCUCAGUCUUGUAAUAUGCAAUGUAUCAAACAACAAGCUGGUAGGAACUGUUCCAGACACCACUACAUUUAGAAAGAUGGAUUUCACAAACUUUGCUGGGAACAACGGCUUGUGCCGUGUUGGUACCAAUCACUGCCAUCCAUCUCUAUCUCCCUCUCAUGCUGCAAAACAUAGCUGGAUCAGAAAUGGUUCAUCAAGGGAAAAGAUAGUGAGUAUUGUUUCUGGGGUGGUUGGACUAGUUUCUCUUAUUUUCAUAGUGUGUAUAUGUUUUGCCAUGAGGCGUGGUAGCCGUGCUGCUUUUGUUUCACUUGAAAGGCAAAUAGAGACUCAUGUCUUGGAUAACUACUACUUUCCUAAAGAAGGCUUUACAUACCAGGAUCUCUUGGAAGCCACAGGAAAUUUUUCGGAAGCUGCAGUUCUAGGAAGAGGAGCUUGUGGAACUGUUUACAAGGCUGCUAUGAGUGAUGGUGAAGUGAUUGCUGUUAAGAAGCUGAAUUCGCGUGGAGAAGGAGCAAAUAAUGUUGACAGAAGCUUCCUUGCUGAGAUUUCAACUCUUGGAAAGAUCAGGCACAGGAACAUUGUGAAGCUGUAUGGAUUUUGCUACCAUGAGGAUUCUAAUCUUCUCUUGUAUGAAUACAUGGAAAAUGGAAGCCUUGGAGAACAACUUCAUUCAAGUGUAACCACUUGUGCAUUGGAUUGGGGUAGUAGAUAUAAAGUUGCUCUUGGAGCAGCAGAAGGCUUAUGCUAUCUUCAUUAUGAUUGUAAGCCUCAGAUCAUCCAUCGAGAUAUAAAGUCAAACAACAUAUUACUUGAUGAGAUGUUUCAGGCUCAUGUUGGAGACUUUGGCUUGGCAAAGUUGAUUGACUUUUCCUACUCAAAAUCUAUGUCUGCUGUGGCUGGCUCAUAUGGCUACAUUGCCCCAGAAUAUGCUUACACCAUGAAGGUGACUGAGAAGUGUGACAUCUAUAGCUUUGGGGUAGUUUUGCUGGAGCUAGUUACUGGGAGGUCACCUGUUCAACCUUUGGAACAAGGUGGUGAUUUAGUGACUUGUGUGAGAAGAGCAAUUCAGGCAUCAGUACCAACAUCUGAAUUGUUUGACAAGAGAUUGAAUCUUAGUGCACCAAAAACAGUUGAAGAAAUGUCUCUUAUUCUCAAAAUUGCCCUGUUCUGCACCAGCACAUCUCCACUUAAUAGGCCUACAAUGAGAGAGGUCAUUGCAAUGUUAAUUGAUGCUAGGGAAUAUGUCAGCAACUCACCAACCUCUCCUACAUCAGAAUCUCCAUUGGAUGAGGAUGAUGGCAUUUCUUCCAAAGAUGGUGGUCUUGAGUUGUAAGUUAUAAGCCUCACUUCGUCCUCUAUGGAGAAAUUUUUUGGUACAACAACUUCAUUUCUACAUUUUUGAGUCUUGGACAAUCAUAUAUCCCUUGGCUCAAUUAAUAAGUUGCUUUAUCUAAAAGAAUGACCCAAACAGCUUCAGAGAAGCAAAUGCAGUGCAUUAACCCAACAAUGUAAAGCUACUCUAAUCAAUUGUACCUUCUAGAUGUAUGAUGAUUCUAUUAACACAACAAACCUCACUCUUCUCUAUCUAGGCAUCAUAUCCUUUGUUUGAUGUCUAUGGUAGUGAGUUGAACAUUCAAAGAUCGUCCAAGGUAGGCUCAUUCUGCUUUGAAUACUUCUAAUGAUGACUAUCUUUGUUUAUAACUUCACAAAAUUUGGCAACAUAUAAAUUGUAAAGUUCUUGCUA